CUGUUUACAGAAACAUUUUCUACGUCAACACGUGUGCAGGCUUGUAGCGUCAGUUCUUAAUCCAGUACGUGAAUCCCUGCACGCCCGCAGUUUGAAGGAAGGCUUGACUUUGUUUUUACCACAUGCGCGGAUGUUUUCAAACAACUAGGAUCCAUCGAGCGACGAGGACUCUCAUCUGAGCCACCAUGAAGACGAAGAAGUAGCUCUUCUUCUUCCUCAUUUUGCAACAAGUUAUCAGAUUAUAAAGCCAGAGCUGUUUUUGUUUGCAUCAUAGAUUUUCGACAAUAAGGAAACAUGAUUAUGAGGAAAGUUCAAGCAGGAACCUGCAGAGCAUGGCUGUCUCUGGUUUCCUUGAGGCAGCAGCAGCAGCAGCAGCUGUGUUUCUCCUCCUCCUCGGUGCCCCCUGCCCAGCCGGUCCCCCCUCUGAUCCAGACCCUGCAGGGCUACCUGAGGACUCUGGAGCCGCUGCUGCCCCCGGAUGAGCUCAGCCACACCCGCAGGAUGGUGCACGAGUUCGGCAGGUCUGGAGGCCUCGGUGCUCAGCUGCAGGCGGGGCUGGAGAAGAGAGCCAGGAACACCAAGAACUGGAUCUCGCCCUGGUGGGUGCAGUUGGCGUACUUGGAGAGCAGACAGCCGCUGCCUGUGCACUCGAACCCGGCCAUAUCUCUGCCCAGGAGAGAUUAUAACGGCUGGAGGAGCCAGCUAGUGUUUGCAUCCAAACUGAUCGCAGCAGUUCUGGACUUCAAGGCCAAAGUCAACACUGGCCAGCUGCCGGUGGAGUACAUGCGAGGGAAUCCUCUGUGCAUGGAGCUCUACCCGCUCCUCUUCUCCUCCUGCAGGAUCCCCGGUCCCAAACACGACUACAUCGCCCACUACGGCCGCACCCGGCGCUCGCCGGCGCACAUCACGGUCGUCAGGAACUACCAGUUCUUCCAGCUGGACGUUUACAACAGCGACGGCUCUCGGAUGACGGAGAGUCAGAUCCACAGCCAGCUGAUGAGGAUCAGGGCUCAGUCCUGGAAGACGGACAAAGAGCCGAUGGGCAUCCUGACCAGCGAGCACCGUCACACCUGGGGACAGGCCUACAACCGGCUGCUGAGAGACAAACUUAACAAGGAGUCGGUGCGGCUGAUAGAGACGGGACUUUUCUCUUUGUGCUUGGACUCUCCGGUCAUGAGGAUAUCAGAUGAGAAGUACGCCAGCCGCAAGGCAGCACAGGUUCUGCACGGAGGCGGGACGUUCUCCAACAGCGGCAACCGCUGGUUUGAUAAAACGCUGCAGUUUGUGGUGGGCGAGGACGGCUCGUGGGGUCUUCUGUAUGAAUCAGCCACAGCCGACGGUCCGCCCAUAGCAACGCUGCUGGAUCACGUCAUCGACUACUGUGAGAAACCAGACCCAAAGAGAGCGCCGCUGGUCCCUCUGCCGAUGCCCAAGAAGCUUUACUUCCACAUAGACCGAGAGAUUAAGAGAGACAUAGAGCACGCCAAGCAGAACCUCGACAUACUGAUCAACGACCUCGACGUGAACGUGUUCAACUUCACCAAGUUUGGUAAGGAACUUCCCAAGCAGCACAACAUGAGUCCAAACUCAUUCAUCCAGGUUGCCCUGCAGCUCGCCUACUACAGAGUCCACAAUGAGGUCUGUCCUGCCUGUGACAUCGCCUCUCAGAGGAUGUUUCGAGGAGGAAGGAUGGAAUACAUCCGCUCGCCCACAAAUCAGACGCUCAAGUUCAUUCUUGCCUUUGAUGAUGCGUCCGUAUCGCCGGAAGCAAAGCGGCAACUGUUCAGAGAAGCUGUUGAUGCCUAUACAGCUGUGACUCAGCAGGUACUUAAAGGACACGGCAUCGACCUCCACCUGCUGGGGCUCAAGCUGCAGGCCAUCGAGGACGGGCUGAGCAUCCCCAAAAUCUUCAUGGACACGGCGUACGGCCUCGCAACGCACUGGAAACUCCGAACAGGACAGGUGCCGGCGAACACCGACAGCGUGAUGUGUUUCGGGCCCCUCGUUCCCGACGGUUACGCAAUUUGCUACAACCCCCAGGCGGACCACGUCCACUUCUCCAUCACCGCCUUCAACUGCUGCGAGGAGACGCACGCAGAGACGCUAGCUCUCACCCUGAAGGAAACCUUGUGUCAGCUACAGGAGCUGCUGCAGCCUACUGUGUAGAGCUGCUGCUGCCCAACAGGAUAAACCCACUCUUCUACACAUGGGGGGAAAAAAAAAACACUUUAUUUUCUUAAAACAACAUUUUGUAGAAGUCUUGAUGAUGAUGUUUUCUUGUGCAUGUAAGGCUUCACUAAAGCGGUUAAAUCCGAGCGAGUAUUGAAGACCGAACAUGUCUCUGAGGUGCUUUUGAUGCUUUCUGAAAGCUUUCGGUGAAGCAAUAAAUCACUUUCCUUUUUCUAGCAAGAGCUGAGCGAGCAAGCUGUGUUAUAUUUGCUACAGUGGACGCACUUAAGGGCUUCUAAUGCUGCAAUCUGUCUGAGUGAAAGCAAACCAAAGUCAACCUGACACUCCGUCAUUAGUCAGAACAAGCUAAAACAUUUGUGUUUAAAACUGACUGCACUCCUUUUUACAAGCCAUGAGAUGACCGGUAGCCUUUCUAGUACCCUCUUGUUGAGAAUGAAUAUGUUUCAUGUGUUCAUGUGUUGCACUGCCAUCAGAGUUAAUUGACAAAUACUGAUGGAAACUAUUGAUUGUGUGGGUGAACGCGCCUGUUUGAAAUAGACCAAAAGCCAGAAAGCUGGUUUAUUAAUGGUGGCAGUGCAACAGGUGCUUUUGUCUCUCUCUUCGAGUCGAGCGACCUGAUCUUCAGAAUGUAUUUGCUGUAUGUUGAAAUGAAUGCGAAGAGGCUUUUGGUGUGUUGUUUUGCUCUCUACCUGCAGGACUGGUUAAAUAAAGCCUAGCUAUCACAUGA